CUGUUCAUGACAUGCCCCUGUUAGCUAACGCCGUUAGUCUGCCGUUAGUGGUGUUUUACUUAUUUGCCCUUAAUUUUGGUUUAGCGCCAUUGACUUCCUUCACUUUCACAGAAAGACCAAAAAAAAAAAAAAAACCGUUCACAUUUUUCUCUUUCUCUCUCCUCUCCCCUGUUCUUCUUCAAGCUCUAAUCCUACUCAAACCCUAGAAAUUCUGGGUAGAUCUUCAAUAUUUUUGUGAAUUUUGCUGCGCACCUUAAAGGCGAGUUCGUGGGUUGUGAUUUUGCUUCAAUCGCGACAAAAAAGGGAGAAACUUGAGGCGAUUUCCAGUUGAGUUAGUGUUGAAGAGGAAACGGGAAUUUAAAGUUGGUUAGUCUACUUCCAGGAUGAGUGCUAUUUGGUUGUUACUACGUUAUGGGUCACAUAGUUUUGAUAUUAGAGUGGGAGACAUGGAAAAAUAUCGUUUGUUGAAGUUGUUUCUUGAUAUCUUUGAGGAAUCAGUUAAGCAAGAUGUUUUUUUGCCUAGUACCUUUAGCUUGUAUGUUGAGGGUCCUUGUGGUAAGGUUGAAUUGAAUGAUGAUAAGACUUUAAGGCUUCUGUGGGGAUGGAAUUGGGGUAAAGACACUGCUGAAAUUUGGGUUGAGGGAACAGAUAAACCAGGAUUGGUGUUUAGGAAUGCUGUUGCAACAAUUGAGAAUCAUAGAAAGGAAAAAGAGAGACAACUUAAGGAGAGACAAGAGGAACUGUUGAGGGCUCAAAGAGAGGAGGAAGAGGCAAUGAGGAAACAACAGGAAAGGGAGGACAUUUUGAGGGAAAUACAGGAACAAAUGGAGUACACUGUGGCUAUGGAGGUCCCUGUUGUUGAUUGUGAGGACAUGAAGGUUGAGUAUGUGAGAGUCAUUAGCAAAGAUGAUGCUGAUGAGGUGUUUCCAGGUUGCUCUCAACCAAAACAAACACAAGAAUCCCCAAAGAAACAACCCACCCCACCCAAACACACAAAUCAUGUUGCUUCUAAGUCAAAAGGCAAGGAUAAGCCUGCUUCUAAGAAACUAACCCCCAAAAGGAGGGCAUCAGCUAAACAACCCACCCCAUAGAAACAA